AUGGCGGACCAUAUGUUGCACAGCGGCUAUCAUCACCCAGUUUUGCGGGAAUGGCAGCAAAACGACUGUAAAUUCAACGCAUCCAACCUGAUGUACCCAAUCUUCAUCACUGAUGAUGCUGAUACUGUAGAACCAAUCACAAGCCUGCCUCUUCAGUCCAGAUUUGGUGUGAACAAGAUAGUAGAACACCUGACUCCCCUGGUCAAGAAAGGUCUGAAGUGUGUUCUCAUCUUUGGGGUUCCUUCCAAGCUGCCCAAGGAUGAUCGAGGCAGCAGUGCAGAUGUACCAGAGACUCCUGCCAUCUUAGCUGUACAGAAGCUAAGAGAAGCCUUCCCAAGUCUACUGGUGGCCUGUGAUGUCUGUCUGUGUCCAUACACCAGUCAUGGGCACUGUGGACAAUUCACUCGUGUUUAG